AUGAGCAAUCCAGGUCAGCUGUUCCUCCUGGCAGACCACGUCAAACUAUCUCUACUUGAGCGCCAACGGGCCAUUUCUUUGAACCUUGAACCAAAUUCCCAAGAUGGGGAGAUCUCUCGCUCCCUAGACUCACUCCGAGAAGGCAUAGAAUCUGUCGAGAAAGAGGCCAGGCGUCUGGAGGAAGACGGCGAUUCGUCGUUUGUCGAUCUCAAAGAGCAAGCCGUUUCCCUUCGACAACAGCUUCAAGACCUUGAAUCUCAGUUCUACGACAACCCAUCCUCAUCCUCCAACGACACCCUCUCCUCCCCAAACGACCCUUCCCUAGCCGGCGAUUUCGUCAAAGCCAGCAGCGCAUCCGCCUCCACAACUCUGAAACAUCCAACCCCUCAGCACCCAAUAUCCAAAUCAGUCAGAUUCACAGAUACCCUCACUGCACAGGCGGAGGAUGAGGAUCCCAACCGUAGAGCCCUCCUCCAGCCAUACCGCGACACGCCAUCGCCGACAUUAGACCAUUCACAUCUCACCAACGAAGAAAUACAUAUGCACCAUGCGCAAAUCAUGCGAGAGCAGGAUGACCAGCUCGAUCGGUUGGGCGAAUCGAUCGGACGGCAGCAUCAGCUGAGCAUCCAGAUUGGUGACGAGCUGGAAGAUCACGUGGCGUUACUGGAUGAAGUCGAUGGGCAUGUUGAUCGGCAUGCCGGCCGGCUCGACGGUGCGCGCAGAAGACUCGGCAAAUUCAAGCGAAAUGCGAGAGAAAGUCGGGGAAUCAUGUGGAUCAUUGGAUUGAUCAUUGUGCUCGUGAUUCUGAUUGUGAUUUUGAAAUAA